AUGUCCAACCCCUACCAUCACCGUCCACUGCCAGACUACUUCAUCUCCUCCCCGCUCCUCGCCCUCCUCUACCCGCUCCAUCAGCUCCUCCUCCGCAUCCGGGGAUCUCCCCGACCAUCACCCCCCAACGCUCGGCCGAUCCGCGUCGUCUGUAUCUCCGACACCCACACCCUCGAGUGGCCCGACAUACCCGAUGGCGACCUCUUGAUUCACGCCGGCGACCUGGCCAACGACGGCUCCGUACGCGAGAUCCAAGCCGCCGUCGACUGGCUGCGCUCGCUCCCGCACCCACAGAAGGUCGUCAUCUGCGGCAACCAUGACAGCUACUUCGACGUGCGGUCGCGCUGCGAGGAAGAUCGUGAUGAGAAGCCCUCCUCCUCAUUUGCGGCGGUUUCCGCGUCCACAGCCUCCAUCCACUCCCUCGACGAGACCGCGUCCUCGCGCAUCGACUGGGGUGACAUCCACUACCUCCAGCACUCCGCCGUAACACUGUCCUUCCCCAGCGCGACAGACUCAUCCUCGACCUCGUCAACAACACCGCUCACAAGCUCAAGCUCGCGCGCGCGCGAACUCACCAUCUACGGUGCCCCGCAAAUCCCCGCGCUCGUCCCCUUCGGCCCCGAGCACGCCUUCACAUACCCGCCACACCACGACGCCUGGUCGCGCACCGUCCCGUCCGACACAGACAUCCUGGUCACGCACACCCCCCCACAAGCACAUCUGGACAUGUCCCCAGUCUACUCAACCGGCUGUCCGAAUCUCCUCGCUGAAGCGUGGCGCGUGCGGCCCGCGCUACACGUCUUCGGGCACAUCCACAACUCGGCAGGCCGGGAACCCAUCUUCUGGGACGAAGCGCAGCGCGCGUGGGAGCGCCUGUGUGCGUCGAGGCGCCCCCGUGCAAAGUACGGUCGUCUUAUGGCGUUGACGGGCUUCUUCCGGGACCUGUUCGAUCCGUCUGGUUGGGCUGAUGCGGCCCGAGUUGUGUUGUACGGUGUGCUGGGCGUGGUGUGGUCGAGGGUCUGGGGAGGCGAGACGCGGGACGGGGGAUGGAUGGUGAAUGCGGCAUGCAUGUAUCGCAGUAGCGGGAGACUGCGGAAUCCGCCGCAAGUUAUUGAACUUUGA